ACCCGUUGUAAACUUGAGCCCCACGUUUCACCUUUAUAUAAUAACCCACCCACCCCCAAUUCAACAACCCUCUUCACCAAUUCAAAACCCUAAUUUCCCAAAUCUCUCGAUCUAAAAAAAACAAUGGCCCGUACAAAGCAGACUGCUCGUAAAUCCACCGGUGGAAAAGCUCCGCGUAAACAGCUUGCUACUAAGGCUGCUAGGAAAUCUGCUCCGACAACCGGAGGAGUGAAGAAGCCUCACCGUUACCGUCCUGGAACCGUCGCUCUUCGUGAGAUCCGUAAGUACCAAAAGAGCACAGAGCUUCUCAUCCGCAAGUUGCCUUUCCAGAGGCUUGUUCGUGAAAUCGCUCAGGAUUUCAAGACUGACCUGAGGUUUCAGAGCCAUGCUGUGUUGGCCCUUCAGGAGGCUGCUGAAGCUUACCUUGUGGGUCUGUUUGAGGACACAAACUUGUGUGCCAUCCAUGCCAAGAGGGUGACCAUCAUGCCCAAAGACAUCCAGUUGGCCAGGCGUAUCCGUGGGGAGCGUGCUUAAGAUUGAUCCUUAUGGACUACUAGUUUGAUUUGUUUUGAUUUUGUUACAGUAGUAUGUAUGUAUUCUUUACAUGCUGAAAUCUUGUUAUCUAGAUUAUAACGUAUUCGCUUUUAUAUAGUUUGGAAUUGGUUAUGGAAUUGAUGAUCGCUAAUCUUUCAUUA